UUAUGCUUCUAUAAAUACCCUAAAGUUUCUCAGAACGAUACACACAUUUCAUAAAACUAGUCUUUCUAUCAUCCAAAAAACAUGUUGCUUCUUAUAAUUGCUCCCAUUAGAAUUAUUAUUUCAACCAUUGUGCAACAUUUCAUCCAUAAAGAUUUUCAUGAAGCAGUGGCUAAAAUGUCCAUCAUUGAUGCUCUUGUCUUCUUUAUGAUACACUCCAUUGACAAGUGGGGAAUAUGGCAUCGUAUGCCUGUGUUCAUGGGACUUUUUUACUUGGCUUCUAGGAGACAUCUUCAUCAACAAUACAAUCUUUUCAAUGUUGGUCAAACACCUGUUGGAAUUAGGUCUAAUCCUUAUGACUAUCCCUACAGAACUGCUGAUGGAAAAUUCAAUGACCCUUUUGAUGAUAAUGCUGGAAGUGAAGGCUCUUUCAUUGGCAGAAACAUUCUUCCUGUGGAUCAGAAGGACAAGCUGUUGAAGCCAGAUCCAAUGGUGGUGGUUACAAAACUUUUGGCAAGAAAAACAUUCAAAGACACUGGAAAACAAUUCAAUGUGUUGGCAGCAGCUUGGAUUCAGUUUAUGAUACACGACUGGAUUGAUCAUUUGGAGGACACUCAACAGAUUGAACUCACUGCACCCCAUGAUGUUGCAAGCAAAUGUCCAUUAAAAUCUUUCAAGUUCUUGAAAACAAAGGAAAUUUCAACCGGAUUCUAUGAUGUUAAGACUGGACAUGCAAACAUACGUACACCUUGGUGGGAUGCAAGUGUGGUAUAUGGAAGCAAUGAUAAAGUUUUGAGCCAAGUGAGGACUUCAAUAGAUGGAAAGCUAAAAAUAUCACAGGAAGGUACUCUUCUAGAAAACGAACAUGGAGUUGCACUAUCCGGUGAUGUUCGCAAUAGUUGGGCUGGUGUUUCAGUUUUACAAGCCCUUUUUAUUCAAGAACACAAUGCUGUUUGUGAUGCUCUCAAGAAGGAAUAUCCACUCUUGAAAGAUGAAGAACUUUAUCGUCAUGCUAGAUUGGUGACUUCAGCUGUGAUUGCAAAGAUUCAUACCAUAGAUUGGACUGUCGAGCUUCUUAAGACUGACACCUUGCUUGCAGGCAUGCGAGGAAAUUGGUAUGGAUUAUUGGGAAAGACAUUCAAGGACACUUUUGGGCACGUUGGACACGGCAUCUUGGGUGGAUUGGUCGGCAUGAAAAAACCAGAUAAUCACGGUGUUCCAUACUCUUUAACUGAAGAAUUUGUUAGUGUCUAUAGAAUGCAUGCACUCUUACCUGAUUUCCUCCAUUUGAGAAACAUACAUGUCCCUCCAGGAGAUAACAAAUCUCCACCAUUAAUCAAAGAAAUUCCUAUGAAAGAUUUGGUUGGACUACCAGGAGAAAAGACCUUGUCACAGAUAGGAGUUGGACAGACAUUAGUAUCAAUGGGUCACCAAGCUUCUGGAGCUCUAGAGCCUCAUAACUAUCCAUCUUUUUUAAGAGAUCUAGUUUCACAAAACAUAGAUGGCACAGAAAGAUCUGAUCACGUAGACUUGGCUGCUCUUGAAAUUUAUAGGGACAGAGAGAGGCAAGUUGCUAGAUAUAACCAAUUCAGAAGAGCAUUGUUGUUGAUACCUAUUUCAAAAUGGGAAGAUUUGACUGAUGAUAAGGAAAUAAUUAAAGCAUUGAAAGAGGUAUAUGGAAAUGAUGUUGAGUUGCUUGAUACACAAGUAGGUCUCAUGGCUGAGAAGAAGAUAAAGGGUUUUGCAAUUAGUGAGACAGCUUUUGUGAUAUUCCUUAUCAUGGCAUCUAGGAGGCUAGAAGCUGAUAGGUUUUACACAAGCAACUUCAAUGAAGAGACAUACACCAAAAAAGGAUUGGAAUGGGUGAACACAACUGAGAGUUUAAAGGAUGUGAUUGAUCGUCAUUAUCCUGGAAUGACAGACAGGUGGUUGAACGCUUCAAGUACUUUCUCCGUUUGGGAUGCACCUCCGAACAAACCAAAUCCAAUUCCAAUUUACCUUCGUAUUCCUAAUUAAUAAAUUUCACUAAAUGUUUGCGUCGAAAGAAAUGUGUUCGAGAGUUGUUGGUAGCACUCUCUGUUGUGUUUGUGUUUGUGUUCGUGUUUAUUUGAUGUAUGUGUCUCUUUCAAAACAAUGUUAUUGUAAUGAAUAAAGCUAAGAUUGGGAAUAAUGAAAUGAGUGUGGAAACUCAUCUAGAAGAAAAGAAUGGAUAACUGGAAAAUGAGGAUGAGCAAGUUUAUAGAAGAACUGAUGAUUAGAGGUUGUUAACGAGUGUUUAUCCAUUCUCUUCCUCUACAAGUUUCUGCCUCAUUUUCAUCUUUCUGUUGAAGUGCUUUUCACAUUUAUUAUAGUACUUUGUAUUUCCAAGAAAUGGAUAUGAUUCCAUACUAGUUAUAAAUCUAGUUUCUGAUUUCCAAUAAGCUCCAUCUCAUUUGUAUUGUUACAUUGUAUUAAUGGAGUUUUAAGUAAUGUUAUUCCA